AUGGAAAUCUGUAUUCUAUCUAAAUUUCAUCUUACUUUCAAAUUGGUCAACCUGUAUCUUUUGGGAAAAGACACUAAGUCACAGCGCUAUAGGGGAGGCUUACCUCUGUCCAUUUUUGGGGAUGGUGAACUAGAGAAUGAUGACUCCUCAGUUCAUCAAGAUGUUUCUAAUUACAAUCUUGCUUCCUCCAGGACAGAUGACAUUAAGAAGAGUCAGGGGUUGAGUGUAUCUAUCAGUGAUCUCAUAACAAGUUUGUACAAUCAAGCUGAGCGGAAAGCUCCUGUUAACCAUUCACAAAAGCCAAGUGAAAAUGGUCUUGAUUCUUUAAUUAAAGCUGUGGAUUCUAAUUUAGUAGAUGGUGAUGGUGAUUUGGAUGAUGAUUCCUGGGAAUUUAAAGAUGCUGUUUCCAGGACAGUAGAUGAACAGAUCUCAGUUCCUGGUCUUGAAGAUCCACAUGUGAAACACUCUACCAAGUGCCAUCUUGACAAUCUAAAGGUUGUAAGAUUUGUUCGAAAGCACAAAGUACUGCUGCUCUUAGUGGUGAAGAUGGAUCUGUAUAAUGAAUUGCACCAAGAUGGUAUUAUUUCCAUGGUUCACUCAGAGAAUCAACCAUUGACCAAUAUUCACCUUAAUGAAUUCAUUGAAGUUCUCCAGGAACCGAAGUUCCAUGUGCUUGAGGCAGAAUAUCAAUUAUCAAUGAGGCUGCUACUCGCAGAGAAAGAUUGGAGGUCGGCAAUUGAACUCCUAAAACAUGUGGCAUCAACAUCAAAGGUUCUAAAGUUGGGAUCGUGGGAGGAGCAGUCUUCUUUUUUUUUCCACUUGGUUCAAAAUGGUGUCUGUUUGUGCGCAAGAGCUGAGACAUGGUGCCUUGUACCUGCAAGCAGUAGAUACUUGCACUUGGAGAGAUUUACAGGGUUGUUGAAGUUCUCGGAUCCUCAGCCAAAAUUUUGCAAGCCAUUCAUGCUAUUAAGUUCUACAAAUCCCACUAACAUGUUCACUCUUCUAAGCGAGUGUUUUACCUUACGGUCAAGUUCAGGACUUGAAGAGGCUGUCAGAAGUAUUUCUGAUCCAACAGGUUUUGAGUAUAAUGUAACUCCCAAGGAAUUACUAGAAUCCAUCAAGUAUAUUCAUGAUCUUGAUGCACUUGCACUUCAUAACCAUGUUUUCUCUGGACAAGAGCCUACCUAUCGGCUAACUCUCCUAAGUUCUGGAGCAGUGCCAGAUAUGAAAAUGGUGGUAUGGAAUGGUGAGCACUAUUUCCUACCUCUUGCAAACUUGUGGGCAAGUCUUGAAACAACUAAUCCUCCAAACUUACUGCGCCUGCAUAUAAAGGGACUGUGUCUGGUAGAAAAAGCUGCAGUUCAAGUUUCUGGGAACCCAGCGAACACAGUGCCCGAUUGA